AUGUAUCAGGACACGAAAGCGCCUAAUAGUGCCACAGAGCAACCCAGGCUGUGGAAUGUGAGAGAGCCGUACCAGUAUGCCCCGCCGAAGCCUAAAGAUGACCCUUGGACAACAUUAGUGGAGCCCCUUCUUCGCAAGGACAAAAUGCAGUGCGAUGUAUGGAAAGACGAGGUUCAGAAUUUGUUGAUCUUCGCUGGAUUGUUCUCUGCAAUUGUUACGGCGCUAAUAGUCGAGUCAUACAAGAGUCUCCAGCCAGAUCCAAACGAUGCUAUUAUCUCCUUGCUUUCCCGGAUUGCAUUGCGACUAGACGGUCCUAUCAAUGCUACAGCUGGCCUCUACUCCUCUCCAGCUCAAAUUUUCUUUACCCCAGCGCCCUCAGCAAUCAGAGUCAACACAUUCUGGUUUCUUAGUCUCGUGCUGAGCUUGACGAGUGUACUCGCAGGCAUCAUUUCCUUGCAAUGGUUGCGAGAGCAUCUCGUUUACGCCGACCUGUCCCCUCGUGAAAAAUACGCAACGUACUACAUGCGCGCGGACGCACUGAAAAAGUGGCAUGUUGACAAAAUCUUCACAGCCAUGCCUCUGCUGCUGCAGUGCGCGCUGGUACUGUUUCUCGCUGGCAUAGUCGACUUUUUGCAUUCGUUGGGGUUCCGCCAAGUGACCGUGCCCGCAACGGUCGUGGUUGGCCUGACCUUGCUAUUUCUCGUCGCUACCACCCUGCUUCCCUCUCUCCAGAUUCUUUCUCUUUAUACCCACUUUCCCGGUAGACAGGGCCGCCCAUCUCGCCCGAUAUCCAGUCCGAGCAAGUGUCCGUAUAAAUCACCCCAAUCACGCGCCGUUCUCGUCCUCGUCCGUCUCGUAUCCUCUUUCUGCUGCCGUCUCUAUUCACAUAUCUUAAAUCUAAUUGAAAAGCUUGGAAAGUGUCUGAAUCUCCCAAAAUCGAAUUCAGAUCCUGUUUGGCAACCAAAAGACAAAUUUACGCGGUACCUUCACCAGGCACUGCACGCGUCGCCGCGGUGGAUCGACUUUGACGAGGCCUGGCUGAACAUUCGCGACGCGUAUAUGCGGCGAGCGGUCGGCAAGGAACCUUUCUUCCGAGAACCCACUCUUGGGCGUCAAUACCCUCAACUACCACCGAUAUACGAUAUCGUUGGGGGACUACAGGCACAGAGCUGGCAAAAGGCCUCGGCAGUCUCUUCACACCAUUGCUUCGUUGAAAUAUCUGAACUCGAAAAUAUUUAUGAUAGGCUGCAUCAGGAGGAAUAUCUGUACGAGCUAUUGACGAAUGAUGAAUGUCUAAAGAGUGAUCUGAGCUUGUGUCGCUGGUUGACUGGUGACACUUCUGGCAUUCUGGAUAGAUCGACUCUUGGUUCUGACAUUUUACGCCAGCAAAACACCUUUCUUUAUCUUCGCUCUAGCAGCACCUACUAUCCUGAAGUUGAAUUGCUUUCCACUCACAGGGUAGAAAUUGGCAUUCGGCUGAUGAUCUACUUUUAUCUCGAGAAACGGGCAAUUGCUUCUGUACAUGCUGCGGAUCUGAAUAGUCCGUCAUGCUUGUCUGUCGACUCAUUGAAUAUCUUGAAUCCUAUUUUCCGUGACCCGCAAAAUUACGACUUUAUCUGGCAGAUCGUCAAUUUUGCACUGGCGCUAUUGAUCCAGCUGGAAGAGGGAUACCGUGACGACGUCGAUCCUCCCUUGAACAUCAAGACGCAACAAAGCCAUUUCAUAGCUUUAAUACCUGUGAUUGCACAUCUCGUAUAUAUGACAUCUAUGCAAACCCAUGAGCAUUCUAUUCAUUCCACCGCUUCUGAACGCCUAUCUGCUACCCGGAGCCUCUUGGACGCUAUCCCAGCUCAUCUUGAGCGACGUCUAUCUCAGGAGCUCUCGGAAACACAAACUGCUCGCCACGCUCCGAGUGUAUUCUUUUACAUCUCCGCCCAGUACUGUUCAAAAGCGACGCCCGAACAGGUCUCACAUUAUGCCUCGUUGUGCUCUACUCUCCUUCAGUAUAAACGCGUAACUGUAGAUGUCAACCAGCUCAAUCAAGAGAUGGAGACGACGCACGAGAAGAUCAACGCGGGUAGCGAUAGUUUGCUUAAGGAUGUGAAAUCCUUCUCGGAGGACAUUUGGGAGUAUCUUGGAACGAUUUCGGGACCGACCUGA